UUAGAAAGCAAGUGUAUAAUAAGACUCAUCUCUUUUAUUAAUUAUUAGAGUGGGGAUUAAUUUCAUUGCAUCAAAAUGUAUUAAUUAAUUAUUUUUUUCAUGGAUAUGAUUCACAUAAUGUUCUAAAGAUGAAAACUAAAAUUUAAAGUAAAAAAAAAUGAUUUUCUUAUUUGUUGUAUUAAUGUUUUCCUCGAAUUUACAGGUUAUGCUACUUGCAGGAACAGACACAUCAUCAGUAACAUUAGAAUGGGCCAUGUCUAAUUUAUUAAACCAUCCAGAAAUAUUGAAGAAGGCAAAAAAUGAAUUAGACACUCAUAUUAGACAAAAUUGCUUAGUUGAUGAACCUGACCUUUCGAAACUCUCCUACCUUCAGAGCAUUGUUUAUGAGACACUUCGUUUACAUCCUGCUGCGCCAAUGUUGGUACCCCAUUUGUCUUCAGAAUAUUGCACCAUAGGAGAAUAUAAUGUCCCUCAAAACACAAUUUUGUUAGUUAAUGCUUGGGCUAUUCACAGAGAUCCCAAGUUGUGGAGUGAUCCAACACAUUUUAAGCCCGAGAGGUUUGAGAAGGAAAGUGAAGCAAGCAAGUUACUUUCAUUUGGAUUAGGGAGGAGGGCUUGUCCUGGUGCAAACUUGGCCCAACGUACAGUCAGCUUAACUCUGGCCUUGUUAAUUCAAUGUUUUGAGUGGAAAAGAACUAGCAAGGAAGAAAUUGAUAUGACCGAAGGAAAAGGGGUCACUAUGCCAAAAAAGUUUCCCUUAGAAGCUAUGUGCCAAGUGUGUCAAUCACCAACAAUUAAUGGUAUUUUCUAAUUUCUAAUGCUAUUAAAAACACACCAUGUUCUACCAAAAGUCAUUAGCACAAGUGGUUCAACAUUUGUAUUCUUUAAUCAAUGACUGAUGUUCGAUUUUCAAUUUGAAUAGAGUCGAGACUAGAGAUAUCA